UUAUUGUCUUAAUCGAUCUAAAUGGUACAAAGUUAUCCGAAUCAGCACUGGAUCCCGAGAAAUUUAGCCCCAAAAAUUUAAAAUUACAUGACUAUGAUUUUUCGGAACUGUGUAAUAGGAAGAAAAUAACCAAUGGUUUUUCAUUGAUUGAAGAAGUGUGGGAAUAUUACUCAAGUCCCAUUGAAUCUAAAAAUAUAGAUUUUAGAUGCACCGGUUCAAAUUUCAUGGUCCGCAGUAUGAUUGGUAUUAGUUUAUUGAGAACUAAAGUAUUUGCCAACACACGAACGUCCGUUUUUAGAACUUUAGCAACCAUGGCCAACCCUAAAUGUUAUUUCGAUGUUGCAACUGACAGCGAAGAUCUCGGCAGAAUCGUGUUUGAGCUUAGGAAAGAUAUCGUUCCCAAGACCGGCGAAAAGGGUUUUGGCUAUAAGGGUUCCACUUUUCAUCGUAUUAUUCCUCAAUUUAUGGUUCAAGGUGGCGACUUCACCAACCAUAACGGAACUGGUGGUAAAUCCAUUUAUGGCGAGAAAUUUGCUGAUGAGAAAUUCGAUUUGAAACACGAAGGACCUGGUACUCUUUCAAUGGCUAACGCUGGACCCAACACUAAUGGAUCUCAAUUCUUUAUUUGCACUGUAAAGACUACCUGGUUGGAUAAUAAGCAUGUCGUCUUUGGAAAAGUGAUUGAUGGUAUGGAUAUUGUGUACAAAGUUGAAGCUUUUGGCACUUCUUCAGGUAAACCCAAAAAAACUGUCAAGAUUGUCGAUUGUGGCGAAUGUUAA